AUGGAUAGUGAUAAACAUAAAUCGAUAGAUGGAAGUGAUGAAAGUGAUUCGGAAAUCAUACGUAAAUGUGAAUUAGAACUAAGCCAAAUUGAGGAUCGAAGAAUCACUCGUGAAUCUGAAAUGGAACAUGCAAACGCUGGGUUCACAACUCGAAAGCCUGAAGUGAGAUCGGAGAAGAGAAAAGCAUGUGAAGAAGAUACAAACAGCGAAGAUGGUUAUGUGACAGUUGAAAAAAGAAGACCGAAACGUCUCUUAAGAAGUAUUUCAACAGGACAGGGUCAAAAUACAACAUCGAAAGAAAUCGGAUCUAAAUAUGAGGUUUGUGUUACAUCAUUUAAAGAAUUACCAAAGCAAAUGGCGUUAGCUAAAGUAUUAAGAAGUGAGAAUAUUCUGAAUAUUGAAACAAUCAAAUAUAAGUCCCCUUUCAAAGUUUUGAUUUGCUUUCAAAGUAAUAAUGAUGCGGAAAAAUUAAUAAGUUGUAAAAAAUUUCAAGAAUUAGAGUACAAAUGUCAAAAAACUUUUGAAACCACGGUUUCUUAUGGAUUGAUUAGAGGUGUAGAUUUGUAG